AUGAGUUUCGGUACCAAAGUGAGACAAAACCAAGCAAAGUCCAAUGAAAACUCAAAUGUGAGUAAAAACAACAUUUGCUCAACUACAAAAAGCAACAUGAGCUCAUCUAGACCAUUGCUGCAGGUGCUCCAACCUUUGGCGGUCAACAGAGAUCCGGGAAAGCCUUCUCAAGCAGGAAAAGGCGCCAUCCCGAAGCGUAAACAAUGGCUUGCCGAGCAAAACCGAGGUUUGAAAAGAGUGAAGAUGGAAGUGAAGUCGACACAGACUGAAGAUAUUUCCAGUUUGGAAGAAGAUGCUGCCAAUGAGGCAUAUGAGCUUAUGAUCAAAGAAACUCCUCCUCCUGCUUACUGGAAAGCGAUCGCAGAGGAGCGUCGCAAGGCUUUGUUCAAUGUUCUACAGGAGAACGAGAAGCUGCACAAAGACAUCGAAGCCAAAGACGAGCGGAUUUCUCGUCUGAAAAGUGAAAAUGAAGAACUGCGUGAACUGGCUGACCACGUGGAGUACAUGGCAGAUGUAAUUGAGAGGCUGACUGGGAAAGGACCUGAGAACCUGGAAGAACUAAAGGGCCUUGCACUCGACCACAAUGAAACUCAAGAACAAGAUGAAUUUGAGGAGGAAGAUGCAAGUGAAGUAGAGGAAAAGGAACAAAUUGAGAAGGACGCAGAGGACCAAACAUUGGAAAAUGACAAAGAGGAGCGGAAUUAG